AUGUGGAACAGCGAGCGAUACGAGCGCAGGAGCAGCGGUGGUGGUGGUGGUGGUGGUGGCGGCGGCAUCAUCAGCCGCUUGUUCGGGUCGAAACGCAGGUCACUCCCAGCCCUGGAGGAGCUGGACGAGAAGCAGCUUGCUGAGGAUCUGAGGCGGCAUGUGUGGGCGGUGGCCAUCGCGGGGAACGAAAAUCCCAUGCCGUAUUAUGUUUGUCCCGGCCGGUCGUUCCUCCGGGAGUUGGCUGGCUGCAACCUGCACUUUGUCCCCCAAACCUGGUGCCCUACGGCUAUUGGGAUCGGGGAAAGUGGCCCCUAA